AUGACUCCAACCACUUCUUAUAGACAGAAAAUACUUCCAUCGCCAUAGAUUAAUACAAACAGGUAUGAAUCAGAUCAAACUAGGCCAUUAUAUCAAUCAGAGUAGUACUAAUCAAACCUUUAUCGGUCAAACUAAAAUCCUAAAAUUUAAAGCAGUAGCUAGUCUUUGAAGCAAGUCAACCCAGAUAAAUCAAAUAUAAGACAUUCAUAUGCUAAGGAACACAAUAAAAAUUCAUUUUCAGAUAACGUAAACCCUAAGAGGCUUUCACCAAGAAAAUUAAAACCAUAAGAGCAAAAAAUUUCAAAUGAGUCAAGCAGAGUUGCAUCAGAGAAAAAAGUGCCUGUCAGCCUUAAAAAUAAAAAGCAGUAUGAAUAAGUCAGUCAAAUUAUAAAUACUCCAAUUACAGCUCACACUAAUUAAAAUACUCUUAGCAAUCCGUCAAUGGCAAGUCUCAGAACUCAAGUCUAACCUGCUCCAAUUGAUAAGUUGAGAGCUUCAACAAAUGAAAGAAAGGAAGGAUAAGAUUCAAAAUAUUUCAAUAAGCAAUUAGAUGAAAACUACACAUAAAGAAAUUUUAUUUAUCCGAACAACAAACAAGAUACUUAAUUAAAUAGCAAUAAUACUAUUUUGACAAACAGUUCACCAACAACAUAUAGAAAUUAAUAGAAAUAUGCUCAAAUCACCUAGAGAUAAAUCCAGCACCCUCCCACAUAUUAAGCUAAUUAGUAACCAAUCAUUCGAUACUAAAGUCAUUUGAAACUUGAAGAAAUCAGAGAUAAUUAUCCUCCUCAGUAUGAAUAGAACUAGCAAAUAUAUGGAUCUUUGGUCAGCUAAAAUAAUCUUGGUAAUGUUAAUUCUAGUCUCAGUCCAAUAAGAAAGCACUAAGAGUCCAUUGAUAGAUUUAUUGAUACAAUGAGGUAAUAAUAGUACAUUUAAGCUCAAGCUAAUUAAGGUCAUUAACCAUAGAAAUUUAACACCAGAUAAAUAGAUUUAUUUGAAAACCUUGAGAAGGAGUUGAAAUCCAUUAUAACUGAAUUCAAUAAAGAAAGAUCGAAUAAGAAGAAAGAAAUUGAUCACCUUAAGAAACAGAUUAAAGACUUCGAGAUUCAGAUUAAUUAAGAUAGAGAACUAUUCAAUCUUGAAAAGAAGUAGUUGUUAAAGCAAAAGUCAAGCGAAAAGGCAAAGUUGGAUUCAAAAUACUAAAAAUAUAGAGAUAAAUCGAGAUAGCAAGAUAAAGAAAUAAGAAAUUUAAAUAAUUUGAUCGAAGAACAAAACUAGAGAAUAUUUCAACUGGAGUAAGAUAACCAAAGCUUAUAAAGUGCUUUAUUUUAUGAGAAACAAGCUAGUAAAGAACUUGAGGAGACCUCAACAAAAACUCUAAAGAGGGAACUAGCGAGAUAAAUGAGACAGUUAAUCAUCUAGCAUAAAGAAUAGAGUGAAGGAUACGAGUAGUUGAUUUAACAGAAAGAUAAAGAGCUAGAAAAUCUAAGAAAUGAACUUGAAAACCAAAAAAGAGAUAUUUAGAAUUCAUAUAGAUCUAUUGGUGAUAGAGUUGUAAAGCAAAGUUUCCACUUUAACAGUUCAAACAAUAACAUCAAUCCAAAUGUUAGCAAUAGUUAUGGACAAUAAAAUCCAGGUCAGAUUAUGAGCCAAAAAGCUGAUACUAAAAUGAAAAGGUAAUAUGAGAAUUAAAUCAAGGAAAUGAAAGAAAAGAUCUAAUCUCUAGAGAUUAUGUUGGUAGAAUCUGAGAGGAAAUCAAAGAGGGAGUAUGAUAGAGAAGUUGGCAGAUUGAGAUAGAUGUUAUAUCAAUAAAAUUCUGUGGUUAACUACCCUACUCAAUCAAAUGAUACAAGUAAGCAAUCAAGUGGAGAUUAACUAAUGCCUAUUGAAGUCAUAAACGAUAGAUUAGAAAAGAUGAACAUCAACCUCUCAAAUCUGGAAAGAAAAUUCACCUUCUAGCAUUCUUAGCAAUAUAAUGUUCAACUUGAAAACACUUCUUCAAAUUAAAGAAGUGAAGAUUAUAACUACGAUGGAUUUAGUUCAGCAGAAUAAAAUCCAAAGGUAAAUUCAUCCUCAGAGGAGAAUCAGAGAAAUGAGAAUCUUUAUUCUGAGUCGCUUGAAACAAUCCUUGAUCUAUAAUAAAAGAAGCAUUCGCAGUUAAAUAUAACUCAAAACGAUGCUCAAUCGAGCACUGGACCUCAUUAAAUUCUUACUUACAGAUCACAAGGAACAAUAUCAGGAACUGGAGCAGCAACCUAAAGGCAAUAAAUGAGGCAUUUUAAUAACUCAUUCAACCAGAAUAAUAAUAUGAAUGAGGAGCUGGUAUCUGCUAAAAAGCAAUUAGAGUAGUUGAGAGAAGAUAUACAAUUCAUUCUAUAGAAGAAUGAUAUUAACUAAAAGAGCUUAAAGAAAUAAAUUAUCAAUGAGAUUAAAACGUAAUUGUAAAAUAAUUCUAAGCGAUUCGAGGUCUUAGAACAGCUUGUUUUUGAAUCGGUAAGAUAACAAUUCUUUGAAUGA